UUUCGUUAACAACGAGAGAGACAUGUAUUAUUUCUUGGCCUUAAUGGUCAAUAGCAGGAUCGUUCUCGCACAUUUUUUAGUUUCCUUUAUAGCACGCCUUUUGCGCCUCUCUGCCUCUCUUGCUUGUUGGCUGUUUUGCGGUAUCCACACGGCUUUUCUCAGUCACAGUCCCAGGGAUCUCAAUCAAAAAAAAAACAUUCAAAAUCUCCGGCUUCUUGUCUGGGCAACCAAACGAAGCCUAACUGCACUUGGGUGCUGACCAGAAUUUGACUUUGAAGGUUUUAGCCCUGUGGUUGUGAUUAUGUUUUUGUAUAGAAAGCGAUUUUCUCAGGUUGGUGGAGAUUAAGAUUCUUAACUUGUAAGAUUCAAACACAGAGAGUGUGUGUUUGUGUGUGCAUGUGUGUAUAAAAGGUGGUAGAAUCAGAAUCGGAUGACUGAGUUUGCAGCGAAAUGGUGGUGGGGUUUGAGAUCGGUGUGGAUGGUGUUGUUGAAUUUUCUCGUGGCUUUGGUGUUUGUUUCGGCGGAAAGGGAUCUGAGACUAGGAGCUUCAACAUUCAAUGCAACUGAAUCCACUAAUUACCUUCUCAGAGCCGUAAAUUUCUUAUGGCAACCCGACCAGUCAGGUUAUCAACACGUUUGGCCGGAGAUGAAAUUUGGGUGGCAAAUUGUGGUGGGUACUAUAAUUGGAUUCUGUGGAGCAGCAUUUGGGAGUGUUGGUGGCGUUGGUGGUGGUGGCAUUUUUGUUCCUAUGCUUAACCUAAUUAUUGGGUUUGAUCCAAAGUCGGCAACAGCUAUGUCAAAAUGUAUGAUCAUGGGUGCAGCAGUCUCAACUGUUUACUACAACCUUAAGCUAAGGCAUCCUACACUUGAUAUGCCCAUCAUUGACUACAAUUUGGUACUGCUCAUCCAGCCAAUGCUCAUGCUGGGCAUUAGCAUAGGAGUGUCUUUCAAUGUUUUAUUUGCUGAUUGGAUGGUCACAGUUUUGCUUAUCAUUCUCUUUAUAGGCACAUCAACAAAGGCAUUCUUUAAGGGUGUUGAAACAUGGAAAAAGGAAACCAUUAUGAAAAAGGAGGCUGCUAAGCGACUGGAGUCAAAUGGUUCUGGUGGUGCAGAAGUGGAAUACAAGCCUCUUCCUAGUGGCCCAAGCAAUGGCAUUCAAAAGGACACCAAAGGACUAGAGGUUACUAUUCUGGAGAAUGUUUAUUGGAAGGAACUUGGACUUCUCGUUUUUGUUUGGGUCGCAUUCCUUGCCAUUCAGAUCGCCAAGAGUCAUACAACUACUUGUUCAACAGCAUACUGGGUAUGGAACUUGUUGCAGAUCCCUGUUUCUUGUGGGGUAUCUUUGUAUGAGGCAGUUGGUCUUUACAAGGGACACAAAGUAAUUGCAUCGGCGGGAGAUGAAGGGACAAAUUUUCGAGUCCAUCAGCUGGUUAUCUAUUGCAUCUUGGGUGUAAUGGCAGGGGUAGUUGGUGGGCUGCUUGGACUAGGUGGAGGCUUUAUUAUGGGUCCACUAUUUUUGGAGCUGGGAGUUCCCCCUCAGGUCUCAAGUGCCAGUGCCACCUUUGGAAUGACCUUCUCUUCAUCUAUGUCCGUUGUGGAAUACUACCUUCUGAAACGUUUUCCUGUCCCUUAUGCUCUCUACUUCAUUGUCGUGGCUACUAUUGCAGCCUUAGUAGGGCAGCAUAUUGUGAGAAAGUUGAUCAUUUUAUGUGGAAGAGCAUCUCUAAUCAUCUUUAUUCUUGCCUUCACUAUAUUUAUUAGUGCAAUUUCACUUGGUGGGGUUGGCAUAUCAAACAUGAUUAUGAAGAUUCAACAGCACGAAUACAUGGGAUUUGAGAACCUCUGCAACUAUGAUGCAUAGCGUGUUUCUUUUCUUUACCAUAUUUCCUUUUCCUUACCCUCCAAUCCACCCACCCAGAAGGCUAUGUAUUAAAUGCCUUCCUCCUUGUAAACUGGUUCUGAAGAUGAAAGAUGACCCUCGCUUGUUUUCAGUUCUUCAAAAUCCUUUUGUUCACA